UCCACGCGAGCGUUCCAAGCGGAAACCGGAAGCGUGCGGAGAAAGCGAGAGCGUGCGCGUGCUUGUGCGUGCGCGCGCUUGCUUGCUUGCUCUAUUCCCUCCUGCAGCUGCCUUGUUGGGGAGACCUGCUUGGAAAGGUGAGGAAAGGGUGCAAGGAGUAAGGGAGGGAAGGAAGGAAGGAAGGGGGCGCAGGGUGGGGUGCAAAAAGAGGGGUGCGUGCAGAGAUGUGGGGCAGGGCAGGUUUCUGGGUGCGGGUGCAGAAGGAAUAACGGGGGGUGCAGCAAGGGACCUCAUCAUAUUUGCAACAUGCGUUGCUCAUUAACGUGCUUGCAAGGAACCGAUGUCCUUCGGAACUCCCUGCCACUGAUUUUUUUUUAGGCAGGAGCCUUCACCCUGCUGCUAAGGUCAAACCUUUUAUAUUUUAUUAUUUUUAUUUAUUAUUAGAUUUAUAACCCAGCUUCCCCUCCAAGGAGCUCAAGACGGCAUGCCUGGUUCUCCUGCCCCGCCCCCCCAAUUUUAUCCCCAUUUGACAGCCUUAUGCUGAAAGCUUCCUUAGACACAGCGAGGCUUACUUCUGAGUAAAUGGUUGCCAUUAAUUUGAUUUUAGAAUGUAUUUCAAUUAAUUGAUUGUGAUUUUAUGUAAACUGUGUUAUUUUUACGGUUGUUAGCCGCUCUGAGCCCGGCUUUGGCUGGGGAGGGUGGGAUAUAAAUAAAAUUUUAUUAUUAUUAUUAAUUGUGGUAAUAAAUAAUGUCAGGGGAAAAUAAUAAGAAAGUGUGGUUAAGGGGAAGUACAGUGGUACCUCGGGUUAAAUACUUAAUUCGUUCUGGAGGUCUGUUCUUAACCUGAAACUGUUCUUAACCUGAAGCACCACUUUAGCUAAUGGGGCCUCCUGCUCCUGCUGUGCCGCCGGAACACAAUUUCUGUUCUCAUCCUGAAGCAAAGUUCUUAACUCGAGGUAAUAUUUCUGGGUUAGCAGAGUCUGUAACCUGAAGGGUAUGUAACCUGAAGCGUAUGUAACCGGAGGUACCACUGUAUAUUUCUGCUUCGAGACUUGCAUUCAUUUGUACACGCAGUCUAUUUCUUCCUUGCAUGUAUAUCUUUAUCCCCCCCUCAAAUAGUUUGGGGUGGUGUGUAUGUGGGUCUCCCCCUCCUCCUUUAAUCUCUGCAACAUUCCUUUGAGGCAGGGUGGGCAGAGAGGAGGCAGUGACUGGCCACAAAGAUCACACCCAGUGAUAUUUCGAAAGCAGGAUUCGAACACUGGUCCCUCCCAGGUCCAGUGGUUCUCAAAUGGUUUUGCGCAUGGCUUUUUAUAAGUGCUGCUGUGGGUUAAACCACAGAGCCUAGGACUUGCUGAUCAGAAGGUCGGCAGUUCGAAUCCCCGGGACGGGGUGAGCUCCCGUUGCUCGGUCCCUGCUCCUGCCAACGUAGCAGUUCGAAAGCACGUCAAAGUGCAAGUAGAUAAAUAGGUACUCUUCCAGUAGGAAGGUAAACGGCGUUUCCGUGCGCUGCUCUGGUUCGCCAGAAGCGGCUUAGUCCUGCUGGCCACAUGACCCAGAAGCUGUACGCCGGCUCCCUCAGCCAGUAAAGCGAGAUGAGCGCCGCAUCCCCAGAGUCGGUCACGACUGGACCUAAUGGUCAGGGGUCCCUUUACCUUUACCUUUAAGCCUCCCAGAGUGGCUGGGGAAACCCAGCCAGAUGGACAGGAUAUAAAUAAAUAAUAAAAUUAUUAUUAUUAUUUGCAUAAUGGGUAGAUAACUUUUCAAAAUGAUAGCAAGAGCAAGGCUUCUUAGUGUUGAUGAGGAGAUGAGAAUUUGCUUGUCUCAAAUUAGAGCGAAUAUAAAUGAGAUUACCUGGCAAAAGCAAGCUCACACCUCUCAUCGAGUUUGCAUGCAUACAUAUGUAAGAAGCUCGUGUAUAAUUAUAUUUUGUUCUUUUUUAAAAAAUAUAUACUUUAUUAGUUGAAUAUAAGAACAACAUACAAUCAAACACCUCCUGCCAACCUAGCAGUUCGAAAGCAUGUCAAAGUGCAAGUAGAUAAAUAUGUACCCCUCUGGCGGGAAGGUAAACGGCGUUUCCGUGCGCUGCUCUGGUUCGCCAGAAGCGGCUUAGUCAUGCUGGCCAUAUGACCCGAAAGCUGUACGCCGGCUCCCUCGGCCAGUAAAGCGAGAUGAGCGCUGCAACCCCAGAGUCGGCCACAACUGGACCUAAUGGUCAGGGGUCCCUUUACCCUUUACCUUACAAUCAAACACAAGCAAUCAAAUACAGUUUCCUCCUACCCCCCCCAAAAAAAACCCAGCCCCAACUACGUCCAUUAGUAAUAGAAUCAAAUAAAAAAAUAUUUCUACAGUUGCUGGUUUAAAAAAUAUCAUUCCACAUGUAUUUUGUUCUUAUAUAGCUGCAUUGUAUUAUGCUUUCUGGAUGUUGCACAAUAAUAUUAUAAAGCAGUUGUGUUCUGUGUGAUAAAUCAAGCACAGCUGGGACUUGUUUAUUCCCCCGUGUAUUCCUUAUCUGUUUAAAAAACACCUCUGCGAUUUUUAUUCUGAAAGUGUGGCUCAGAGAAAAAAGUUUGAGACCCCCGUCCUAGUCCAACGCUAACCACUAUACCUCCUUUUUUUAAAAAAAUACAUUUUUAUUAAUUUUAACAUACAAAUUAUAAAGCGUACCACACAAAUUAUUACAAAUACACUUUUUUGGGGACUUCCAUCAGCACCUCCGAUGAUCUUCCGUCUUAACCUCUUUUUAUGCAUUACUUAAUUUUAUAUUGUCAUUACCUCUCUUGACCUAUCAUCUCCCCUUUUCCAUUUUUACAAUAUUUCCUACAAUACUCCUCACAGAACUUCUUGCAAACCUGCAAACGUCGUCUGAUCAUCACAAAUACUUUUCAUAUAGUUCGUAAAUUUACUCCAGUCUUCAGUAAAUUUUUGGGCCACCAGUUUUGGAUCCUUCCUGUUAAUUUGUCUAAUUCUGCAUAAUCCCAUCAACUUCGUCCUCCAUUCUUCAAUCGUUGGCAAUUCUUCUUGCUUCCAUUUCUGGGCUAAUAGUAUUCUGGCUGCUGUUACUGCAUAUAAAAAAAGCUUACAUUCUUUUCUAUUUAUAUCACUUCCCACCAUUCCCAAUAGAAAUGCUUCUGGUUUCUUUGUAAAUGUAUAUUUCAACAUUUUUUUCAACUCGUUACAUAUCAUCUCCCAAAAACAUUUCACCUUUUUACAUUCCCACCACAUAUGAUAGAAUGUUCCCUCUUUUUCUUUACAUUUCCAACAUUGAUUGCUAGUUUUAUACAUUUUCGCUAACGUAACAGGAGUGAUAUACCAUCUAUACAUUUUCAUCACAUUUUCUUUUAAUGCAUUACAUGCAGUAAACUUUAAACCUUCUUUCCAUAAUUUCACCCAGUCACUCAGUUGUAUAUUAUAUCCUAACCACUAUACCUCCCACCCAUCGCCUCUCUCUUCCCCAGGACCGCAUGUCUGAGCCGGGGCCCCCCACGCAGACGGAGUACGCCCUGCGCCGGCGCUUGCCGCGCCGCCUCCCUCGCCGGCGCAGCGACAUCUACAUCAACAUGAAGACGGAUUUCAAGGCGCAGCUAAGCCGCUGCCAGAAGCUGCUUGCACCCGGCAGCGGCUGUCCUGAAAUCUGCAUCCACGGACUGGGGCUGGCCAUCAACCGCGCCAUCAACAUCGCCCUGCAGUUAGAGGCCACCGGCAGCGGGUCCCUGUGCCUGGCUGCCAACACGUCCACCGUGGAGCUGGCCGACGUGGCCGAGCCGGAAGGGGACAGCGACGAGCCGCUGGCCAGGACCCGGAACAACUCCGCCAUCCACAUCCGGGUCUGCCGCGUCUCCCCGGAGUAGCCGCCGGUCCAAACCUCAGUGUCCCUGGGUGAGGAAGAGAGUCUUUGCUUCCACGAAAUGCGUCGCUCGAAUCCCGGGGUCCUGUGUUAUGUAGGAGUGACUGGGGGAUCCCCGCCUUUCCAAACUGGUUUAGUCUUUGCUGGCUGGACUGGGCACGAGGUUUGCAGUUUCUCCGUGCACUGAACGCACAAUUCUCCAUUUCGUGUGACAAAACGCCAGCGCCGAAUUAGAGCCUCGUUUCUCCCCCUUUUCUGGCUAAAUUGGAACACUAUUCUCCAGGACAAAUGUUGCUGGCCUUGGCAGAGUGUGGACUUUUCUCUGUGGGAAUCGGAACCACCCUACAGCAAAAGAGGGACCUGCAGUGGACGUAGUCGGUUUUCCCCCCAGCCUGAAAACCAAAUUGUUACCUAAGUGGGGCGUGCAUUUUCACUUGUUCGCAAGAAAGAUCCUUAGAGGCCUGGCGUCGCAGGCUGACUUCCUUAAUGCUGUGACGUCUGCAGGGUGUUGCUUCCAAACGUUUCAGUGUGUAUGUGUGUCUUGUGGUGUUUUGGAGUGUAUUUUUUGCUUGGAUCUGGGGAAUAAACCCUUGUUUACCAGGAGGGAGAGAAGAGAGCCUUUUCUCAGUUUUUCAAGGGGCACUGGGCAAGGUAAGAUUGCAUUAUUUAGCAAAAUGUAGAGGCCUCAAUCGAAGCAGAAAGAUCGCUUGAGUGUUUUGCGUAAAAUGCUUAUAAGAACAGACAAACCCCCCAAAAUCAGCAAGAUUGAAAAACGGCAACAUCUGGUCCAGCACCAUGUUCUCACAGUAGCCAACCUGUGGGAAACCAGCCAGUAGGAUUCGAACACAAGACCAACAUUCUCCCCUCCUGUGAUUCCCAGUCCAGCAAACAGCAUUCAGAAGCAUCAGAGUAUAGCCAUUGUGGCUAGUAGCUGCUGAUAAUAGGGUUGCCAUACGCCUGGAAUUUCCUGGACAUAUCUGGAAUACUGUUUUCAGCAGAAGCAUCUGGGUGGAAAUUAGCCAAAUGUCUGGGAAAAUCCGGACGAUAUGGCAGCCUAUGACAGCAGUGCCGAUUUUGCUGAUUUCCCCUUAAAAUAGCUCAAAAACGGCAUUUUUGUGUGUGAUGUUGCCCAAAAGAGCUUUGGGCAAAACUAAAAAAAACCAAACCCUUUCUGUCCAGAUUUUCACUGUUUGAAAUACGGCAACCCUCCGCUGAUAGACCUCUCCUCCAUGAAUUUGCCCGGUACAAAUCGGUGGCCAUCACUGACGCCUGCAGAAAGGAGUUCUGUAGCUUUAACUACGUGCUACGGGAGGAAGGACUUCCCAUUAAUAAUAAUAAUAAUAAUAAUAAUAAUAAUAAUAAUAAUAAUUUAUUAUUUGUACCCCGCCCAUCUGGCUGGGUUUCCCCAGCCACUCUGAGCGGCUUCCAACAAAGAUGAAAAAUACAUUAAAAUGUCACACAUUAAAAACUUCCCUGAACAGGGCUGCCUUCAGAUGUCUUCUAAAAGUCAGGUAGUUGUUUAUCUCUUUGACAUCGGGGGGGGGGGGCGUUCCGCAGGGCGGGCGCCACCACCGAGAAGGCCCUCUGCAUGGUUCCCUGUAGCUUUGCUUCUCGCAAGGAGGAAACCGCCAGAAGGCUUCCAUGAGUUCUACUGUGACGAGAGGGGGAGGAAGACUUUUCUCUUUCCAAUUUCUCCAUGCCAAUUUCUCGAUGUUAUAAACUCCCAUCAUGUCGCCUCCUGCUCACCUCCUCUCUAAACUAAAAGGUCCCAAAUGGUGCAAUCUUUCCUCCAUAAGGUGCCUUUCCAUCCACUACAUCCAUCACAAUGGGGCUGAUAUGGAAGGUGUAUUCCCAAACCUCUGCUCUCAUGAGCCUGACUGAGCAGCAGGGGCUUUUCAUCCUCCCUCUGACUUGUGGUUACGGUUUUAUAAAAGAUUCUGUAGCGGCUUUGGCAUUUGGCAUUUUGCCUGUCCAUGGAGGCGCAGGUUAAUUCUGUGUCCAGGGCAGCUCUAUCUGGUACGCAGGAUGAGACCCUCCAGCCCACAGACUGUCUGGCCAGAGUAGCGCAUGCUCUGGUUAUCUCCCACUUGGACUACUGCAAUGCGCUCUACGUGGGGCUACCUUUGAAGGUGACCCAGAAACUACAACUGAUCCAGAAUGCGGCAGCUAGACUGGUGACUGGGAGACCAUAUAACACCAGUCCUGAAAGACCUCCAUUGGCUCCCAGUAUGUUUCUGAGCACAAUUCAAAGUGUUGGUGCUGAUCUUUAAAGCCCUAAACGGCCUCAAAGGCCCAGUAGAUCUGAAGGAGCGUCUCCACGCCCAUCCUUCAGCCCGGACACUGAGGUCCAGCUCCGAGGGCCUUCUGGCAGUUCCCUCAUUGCGAGAAGUGAGGUUACAGGGAACCAGACAGAGGGCCUUCUCAGUAGUGGCGCCCGCCCUGUGGAAAGCCCUCCCACCAGAUGUCAAGGCAAUAAACAACUAUUUUACUUUUAAAAGACAACUGAAGGCGGCCCUGUUUAGGGAAGUUUUUAAUGUUUGAUGCUGUAUUGUUUUUAAUAUUCGGUUGGAAGCCACUCAGAGUGGCUGGGGAAACCCAGCCAGAUGGGUGGGGUAUAAGUAAUAAAUUAUUAUUAUUAUUAUUAUUAAUAAAUUUUAUUUAUACCCCGCCCUCCCCAGCCAAGACCGGGCUCAAGGCGGCUAACAACCGAUAUAAGAACAAAUUGAUUGAAAUACAACUUAAAAACAAGAUUAAAAUACAACAUUAAAAUGCAGCCUCAUUUCAAUGGAAACAUUAUUAUUAUUAUUAUUAUUAUUAUUAUUGGUGUUGUUUCAGCUCCAUUCUGUCUGGAGAUAUUCUCUCUCUCUCUGUGCAGGGAGACCUCUUAAAGGUGGUGUGACAUCAGAUCUCCAUGCAAAUCAGCCUCGCCUCCCUCGACUUGAGCCCAGAGGUGGUUACGUAACCUCACAGACAACAAUGGCAGCUGGCACCCCUCCAGGGAGGUCCCGGUAAACAGUCUGUGCCGAUCUCUUGGUGAGGCGGCCGUGACAGGAAGGGCUUCUGGGAUGGAGUCCUCCUCAUUGUUUGCGUCCAGCGGGCCUCCAGGAAGAUCAACACAGCACAACGCACGGGCCAAAAACGAGGGUUUGUUGUCUUUAGCAAGCAGGUUGGAUCCUUGCCACCCAUAUUGACCUGUGCUUGAGGCUACAGCUGCGGAAAGGUUCAGCUUUAAAGAGAUGGGAACAUCGCUGAUUUUGUGUGUGUUAGGUGUUGCAGAGCCCCAUGGAGGCCUCAUUGCAACGUCCCUUUGUUUGGUUCCCCAACCCAGUGCCCUCCAGGAGCUUUGGGCCACAGCUUUGGGCUCAGGGAGUACAGCAGGGCUGCCUGGCGUUGUCUGUGCUCUGUAUCUUCUGACACCCAGCUCCUCUGGACAUCCACGAGAGGUAGAAAAAUGUUCCAUCCACUGUCUUUUAUCAUUGUUCCCCCUUACUCUCCUAUUCCUAUUAUGGCUCUCAGUGCGUUUUUGAGCACAAUUCAAAGUGACCUUUAAAGCCCUAAACGGCCUCGGCCCUGUAUACCUGAAGGAGCGUCUCCACCCCCAUCAUCCAGCCCAGACACUGAGAUCCAGCACCGAGGGCCUUCUGGCGGCUCCCUCGCCCUCCCACCAGAUGUCAAGGCAAAAAAACCUACAGUGGUACCUCUGGUUACAUACGCUUCAGGUUACAGACUCCACUAUAACCCAGAAAUAGUACCUCGGGUUAAGAACUUUGCUUCAGGAUGAGAACAGAAAUCGCAGUGCAACAGCAGCGGGAGGCCCCAUUAGCUAAAGUGGUGCUUCAGGUUAAGAACAGUUUCAGGUUAAGAAUGGACCUCCGGAACGAAUUAAGUAUGUAACCAAAGGUACCACUGUAUUUUACUCUUAAAAGACACCUGAAGGCGGCCCUGUUUACGGAACUUUUUAAUGUCUGACGCUGUAUUCUUUUUGAUAUUUGGAUGGAAGCCGCCCAGAGUGGCUGGGGAGACCCAGUCAGAUGGGUGGGGUAUAAAUAAUAAAUUAUUAUUAUUAUUAUUAUUAUUAUUAUUAUUAUUAUUAUUCUCCUGCCAACCUAGCAGUUCAAAAGCACGUCAGAGUGCAAGUAGAUAAAUAGGUACCACUCCAGCGGGAAGGUAAACGGCGUUUCCGUGCGCUGCUCUGGUUAGCCAGAAGCGGCUGUCAUGCUGGCCACGUUAUUAUUAUUAUUAUUCUCGAAACAUCCCCCCCCAACCUUCCUUUGUAGGGGAGUCUCCCCAUCUCUGCUUCAGCGAUCAGAAUUGCCCCUUCCAGCUAUAAAUAGCUGCAGAAAAUGGGCAGGGGGAGAGGGUAUCCUAUUUAUCCCCCCUGAUGUCAAGCGAUGGUGAAGUUGUGUUUGGUUACAAUGACGCUCCUUUCUUGUCUGCUAGCCUGGAUGUUCCUGAGUUGUCCAAAGGGCAAUGAAUUUUGCAAAAUGGGGGUUCUCCCAGUCACUGCUGUUCUUUUCUUGAUUUGGGGGGGCAAGAGAUCUAUCUUUGGAGCCCUCCAGCCUCCCCCCUUCAACCCAGAGAGAGUCUCUGCUGUCCUGUCGUCGCAGCUGUGUGUUGGGAGACGGCUUAUCGGGACCAGGUCGGAAAUAACUCUUUCCACCACCGCCUCGCUGGCAUUCUCACGCUGUUCAACAAGAGUCAGGGCGCCUGCGUUAACCCCGGACGCAAGCUGCUGAUAAGACAGGGCUGGCACCCCUGCGAGGCUGUGGGGCUCCCAGCUCUUGUCAUCCCCAGCGAGAUCCGGAGAGCACCAGGUUGGGGAACUCAGCUCUAGCCAAACACCUGAUUCCUUCUGCAGCUUCUUGCAAGAUGUGAAACCCAGACAUACACCGAAAACACUUUAUUUUAGACCGUAUCCGCAAUUCGUUCUCGAACUGGAUUCUGAACAUGAAGCUGCAUGUGGGAAGAUUCAGGAAAGAGAAAAUCAAGUCCUCCUC